AUGUGCCAUAUUCAUGGCUCAAAGCAGUUUCAUAAUUUAGGCAUAAGGAUCAGAAAUAUUCUCGAAGAAGCAAUGGAUUCGAAGAACCUGGUUCCUGAGGCAAGACGGGUGACGUUACACACGCUCAUGGUUCAUCUCGAGAACGCGCUAAAGUUCCACCGUCGUCUGCAGAAACGCAACAUCACUCCUCACAAGAUUCUGCGCCUCUUCAACCUGCCUUACUCCUCAUUUUACGUCACCGUCGUGUACACGGUGGUCAAGCUUCUUUACAUGGGCAACGUGGUCAUGCAGUUUUUGCUGAUGAACUUCUUCCUGCAGCAUCACACUGGCGGCUUCUAUGGAUGGGACAUGUUGUCGAAACUUCUGAACGGCACAGAGUGGGACUCUUCUGGAUUUUUCCCAAGAGUAUCGCUAUGCGACUUUGAGGUGCGCGUGAUGGGCAAUAUUCAGCACUACACAGUGCAGUGUGUGCUGGUGAUCAACAUCUUCAACGAGAAGAUCUUUCUUUUCCUCUGGUUCUGGUAUCAUUGUCUAUCGCUAAUCACGGCGUCCAGCGCUCUGUACUGGGCGGUCGUAAGUUUCUUGCCUUUCAUGCAGCGCUGGUUCGUUGAACGGAAUCUUGAACUUUCAGAGCUUCCGUUUGACAGGAAGGAAAGCGCGAAGGACGUUGAACGGUUCGUAGCGAGUUAUUUGAGAAUCGACGGCGUUUUCGUGCUGCGACUGAUCAACCUGCACUCGGGCAUCAUUUUCAGCAGUGACUUGGUCGCCAUGCUCUGGCAGAGGUUUUACGGCAUCGAGGUGCUGGUGCAGGAGCGCAAGGGCCGACCGUGGCCGAAGAUCGCCGAGCUGUCGAGUCUGAUCGACAAAACCGUGGCCGCGCCUCACUUCGCCGACGAGGUGUCGGCCGCCCUUCGGCAAAGACAAACACUCAAGCCGGUCGGCAGGCUCGCAACGGACGAACAAAGGCUUAAGGCACGCGAAGCUGCCCCGACGCCACGGGCAGCCAUGCUGGGCUUCGGAUCUGACCUCGACGAAACUCAUCACUUGGAUAUCGUCGACGACCGGCAUUCCACAGAGUUAUAG